CAGUGUGUACGCUAGAGGUUGGGCACGACACACGUGCCUCCGCGUUUCCUAUCCAGUCUCGCGCACUCUCGCCAGGCCUCUGCGGCCCCUUCCCAUUCAUUCGCCGACCGCGCGAAGUUGUGCGCCGCACUUGGCCGUACAUAUAACGCUUCCGUCGCACGCCAAUAUUCAGAUCAUCUUAUAGCUUCGAAACGCUAUAUAGAGCAGCAGCGCCAGCUGCGUGAUUUCGCACUUUAUUAUUCUCGUUUCUACCGCGCCGCCUGCGCGAAAGAAAGAAAGGAAGAACACAUAAGUCAGCCUGCUGGCUUUUUUUAAAUUUUUAUUCGGUGUGCGAGGGAGCACGGGCAGAGAGGAUCGUGAAGCGAAGCGCCACGUAAGAAGAGUACAGUCCCCACAUCCGGACGCGUAUGUGCCGCGUGCUCUAAUAAGGAGAGCGCAACUGCAACUCGUGAUCUUCGCUAGGAGUUGAGCAUCUUUUCCCCCUUUCUCGUUCCCCCUCUCUCUCGAUAUCUUGAGAAGACCAAAGACAAGAAGACUGCUUGCAUCUCCUGGUGAAUACUCUGAUCGUGAGAAAAGCGACAACCCCGAUCUGUGAUACGCCGACUGGAGCCUCCACUGCCUCCGUCUUAGACUUUCUCUUCUCAGCAUCCGUGAGAGCCGCUUUCCUCUCCGACCUCGAGCCACGGACUCCAGAGCAAGGGAGCCGCAUCACCGCCACCUCGGAGAGACAUGGCCUACUCCCCCGUCAAAGUGAUGCGAUACAAGCAGGCUAACGGUAACCACCACCACACCGUGGCGUUGCCACCGCCCCCGCCGGACAUCCCCGAGGUGAUCAUCACGACCACGCGGGAUGUGGACGAAAACAAGGAGCGUGGCAACUGGUCCUCGGGUGUCGAGUUCCUGCUGUCGUGCCUCAGUUACGCCGUCGGUCUCGGAAACAUAUGGCGGUUUCCUUACCUCUGCUACCGCAACGGAGGAGGUGCCUUCCUCAUCCCGUACAGCGUCAUGCUGCUCUUCGUGGGGCUGCCUCUCUUCCUCAUGGAGCUGUCGUUCGGCCAGUACGCCAGCGAAGGACCGAUUACUAUAUGGAAGAUAUCGCCCUUAUUUCAAGGAAUUGGAUACGCCAUGUUCCUGAUGACUGCGUUGGUAGGAGUGUAUUACAAUAUGAUUCUGGCCUGGUCGUUAUUCUACUUGGGGUCAUCUUUAACGACUACGCUGCCGUGGAGUUCCUGCAGCAACUGGUGGAACACUGAUGCGUGCCGGAGGUUCGACACGAAGAACUGCACGGCCCAAGGAGGAGUCCACCUGGCCAACGGUUCGUGCAUCAUCCAGAGUGAAGUGGACCCCGCUGUCUGGGAUUCGGUCAAGAAUUCUACGGACAACACGAAGAUGGCCAGUGACGAAUUCUUCCACAACUUUGUGCUGGACCUGACCGAAGGGCUGCACGACCUCGGCGGAGUGCGGUGGCAGCUGGCCCUGUGCCUUUUCGUCUGCUGGGUCAUCGUGUUCUUCUGCUUGUACAGAGGCGUCAAGACAAUGGGAAAAGUCGUCUACUUCACAGCCUUGUUUCCAUACGUUGUUCUGGUCAUUCUGCUGAUCCGAAGCUGCACUCUCGAAGGCGCUUACGACGGCAUUAUGUUUUAUCUGACGCCACAGUGGGAACGACUCAUGGAAGCUAGGGUCUGGGGUGACGCUGCAAUGCAGAUCUUCUUUUCCUUGUCUCCGUGCUGGGGAGGCCUUAUUACUUUAGCCAGCUACAACCGUUUCCAUAACAACUGCUACAGGGACACGCUGUUCAUCUGCUUCGGCAACUGCGGCACCAGCUUCUUCGCCGGAUUUGUCAUAUUUAGCAUAGUCGGUUUCAUGGCACACAAGCUGGGUGUGAACGUGUCUGAAGUCGCUGCUCAAGGACCCGGACUAGCGUUUGUGGCUUACCCUGAAGCGGUGACUCAUUUACCCCUGCCACCUCUCUGGGCGUUCCUAUUUUUCUUCAUGCUGAUGACCCUGGGAAUGGGAACUCAGUUCACGAUUAUCGAGACCGUCGUUACAACCAUCGUGGAUACCUGGCCAGAGAAGCUUCAGCACAGAAAGCCUCUCGUGUUGCUCGGCGUCUGCACGACACUCUUCUUCGCGGGACUUAUCAUCUGCACAAACGGUGGCAUGUACGUGCUGCAGCUGAUGGACAACUACUGCGCCAGCUUCUCGGCCUUGAUGAUCGGCUUGACAGAGAUCAUCGUGAUAGCCUGGGUCUACGGUGUCGAUCGGUUUAUGGAGGACAUCAAGGUCAUGUUGGGUCACUAUCCUUUCCCCGUGCACUACUGGAGGGUGGUGUGGAAGUACCUGGUGCCCACGCUUAUUUUGGCCAUCUUGGUGUUCUCAUGGAUCGACAUGCCCUCGACCAAGUACGGCGACUACGAGUUUCCCGCCUGGGCCACCGCUGUGGGAUUCCUCUUCUCGUUUGCCUCGGUCAGCGCCAUCCCGAUCGUGGCCAUCAUGAAGAUCUACAACGCCAGGGGAACGUUAAAAGAGCGCAUCAAGAUGCUGUCCCAACCAACGGCCGAGUGGGGACCCAAGCUGCAGAUGCACCGAAUGGAGACGCACAGCCCCAAGCACACGGACUCUCAGGUGCCUCUGGCGCUGCCCAGCUACAACCAGGACGGCGACGACGACGACGUCUUCCCCGUCUACUACAAGCCCGACAACGGCGACUCCGAGUCGGAAGCCGGCGGCAUCAGCCUCAACAUCCGGAAGAGCUCCUACGAGACGGGCCGAUGAGGGCCGCCGUCUUGGGCUGCAAUGCACGCAGAGAGCGCCAGCCACGGGGCCGCUCCGUGUCGCGACGCGGCCCCGACGUGUCUUCCUCCGCAAGUGCCACAGCAGCACCGUCUUCCACGGAGAGAUUCGGGGCCGGCACCUCGGCUACCCAGACAGCCGGAGGUCGUUCACACCCUGUAGCUGUACUUGUAGCCAGUAUCUCAGUUCUGUUUUUUUGGCUGCGAGGCGUAUAUUGCACGCCAGGCUGAGGUAAACCGAGUCGCCUGCCAAACGCCUGUUGUUGAUAAGAGGCAUUGGGGAUUAUCGGGACGUCGACAAUACGACGUCCUUCUUUUCAAUCUCCCAAAAGAUCUCGCCUCCCAAUGCCGAGGUGCAGUCUCGGCCGCCGUAGACUGUUGCCAUGGGAUCGAUCCCUACCGAACCUAGAGUGACCAGUUGAAGUUCGCAAGAACAGGUUGACCUCUCCCAUGUUGGGUAUGUCGACGUCGAUGACGUCAUGCUGACUUCAUCGACGAAAGCAUGACGCUGUACCACAUCGUCAGCUCUCACGUUUCUAAUGUCUCGUGAAUCGAACUUGCUGGACGAAGGGCAACUUAAAUGGCGUUUAUCGGGCGACUGGUUUACAGCUCCUGGACAAGAAACGUAACAACAGAGUCACAUUGCCAUCGAAGUGUGACGUAACGGCUCGAAUGCACUUGGCCCUUAGGCUGAUCGCGACCUGGCAAUUGACACCAGCUCGCUAAGUGCCUCGGCCUCGAUAAGUGCUAACAGGAACGAAAGGAAACGUUAACUUCAACUUUGUUUCAUGUACAAAAUCGCUUUGCAGCUACGUUGCAGUGAGCCUUCUUUAUAAUCGAGAAGCCGGCUGAGAUCCGCCGGUGUGAUAGGCAAGCCAAACCUGAGUCCCAAAGGAUUUAAGUACUGAUUGUGUCAGCUUGUUAGCUAGUAUUGUGUACCUUGUAACAAGGUAAUGCGUAGCCUGGGGAAGCUUUCGAAAACGAAGACGUUUUUUUUUUUGCUUUCCGAGUUUGCUUCUCGCAAACUGGUUACGUCAUAGAAAUGCGUGAGUGCGUCAAUAAGACGACGCUUAGCAGCUUGACGCCGCAAGUGUCUAUUAUGAAAAAGAGAAGAAAAAAAAAAACAUCUCUGGCAUGGCCACACGACACGCGCAUAAGCUGAGUAUAUAGUUCGGAAGUCGACAUAUUGCCGGUCCUUACUUUAUCUGAGACGUUUACUUUGUUUCAGCCUGAUAUCUGAUGCUGACAUCUCUUUUUUAAGGAAAACUGUUGCAAAUAAGGCCACGGAAGCCAAUAUGUGAUAGGAAAAUAAGAUUAAUUAUGCAGCCUUAGUAGUAAAAGCAUUAUGACAGUAAGUGAAUUGUUAGCAGGUUUCUGAUUUUUAAUGACAAAUUUCGGCGAAAAUUCAAACUUGCGAAGUGCUUUCUAGAAUAACAUAAUGUUUCCUUGUCAAAAGGCAACAAAAGUCUCAGUGUUAGGCUGAAACGAAGUACACUCCUGCGAAGAUGGUGCUCUGGGCAUCUGUGUGUGUCCAUGUAUUAUAUAAAUUGUUUAGUAUAAGCGAAUCCGUUGUACCAGAUACGGAAUUUCACUGAUCACGCAAAAUUCAGCUAUUGUACAUUGCGCUUAUUGUAUUGUUUGCAGGUUUGGUGCAAUGGAAGAAAAAAUUCACAUUCACACACACACACACACAUAGAGGAGACCUGUUUAUACAUAGAGUCACACAUAUCACUUUUUUCCCGUACAGUUUGUUUAGAAGUGAAGUCAACAUUUUGAUGGCUGCUGCACGUCAUGAGUGUAAAAAGCAGAUUCACGCAUGUCAGCAACGCAACUAGCAUAAUAUUACACGUGGAAUGUGCAACACCUUUUUUCAUGCACAAGAUUGCGAUUUGUUAAUUAUGCUUAUUCUUCAUGACAUGAAGGCAUAGGAAAAAGGGAAAGAAAGAUGGCAAGAGGCCUGUCAUGCCCGUCAUUCGAAAUGGCAAUUCAAUGCGCAAAAUUAACUUUCCCACGUAAAACUUGACCAUGCGAAAACGCUGCUUGGUAUUUUGGUGUAAUAAUGGUACAAAAAGAAAGAAAAUUAACGCUGUCUUCUCCCUAGGCUUUGUACUCCAUGCAAUUAACGGGAACUAUUGCCAUAUUAAUUGGUGAACAAUAGAUUCUCACUUUCCUGAUGAUUUUAUGGCAGCAUGCCUGUCGAAAUACAUGUUUUAAUCAAAGCGGUGAUUGCAGGAGCUGUUUGUUGAGGAUAUUAAGACCAACUUAGGUCGUGUUUGACUGGUUUGCACUGUUCACGAAACAUUUUUCGGGUUAUAACGUCCAGUUAAUCGUUUAUACUUGUAAACCAUGGAUUACAGUUCCCUUUUCGAUUAGUUUUGAAGAGAGUGCAAAUACAUUUUGUCAUUUUCGCAGUUCGUGACGGUGAAAUGAGUAUGAAAUGUGAAACGCGUGCCGCACCUUUGCACGCUUUUCGAACGCAGUUUAUGAGCAUUUCUAGAGUACACACAUGAACGUGAAGAGUGACGAACUCUAGCUGUGAUGUUGCUUGCUCACGUCGUUGAAGAGAGAUAGGAAAUGUAAAUUUAUGAGAGUAGGGUGCGAAGGAAGAAGAAGAAAAAAAAACGUGCAUGUGUUCGUGUCUUCCUCUGUCUGGCUUGGAACAGUAUCCAGAGAGCAGUGAUCAACUUUGUACAUAGUCAUACGUGUAGAUUUUGUCAUGAAACCGCAUGGUUUGUACUUACACGUACCACGUCGUGAUGUUCGCUUCUUUUCGUCGUCAUUUCAUUUACCCCCCAUUAUUUUGAUCCUGUUGCUGUUGUUGCUUCACGCACGCUCUUUUUUGUUGCCGGGAUGUUGUUAAGAUGGACGAAUGUGCUGUUCGCUGUCUGUCGUGGCGAGAGUUAGUGUACGAAGGCUUAUCGAUUAUAUAUUGGAGUUGAGUGAAGAGAAAAUUAACUGCUCUGACGUUCACAAUAGUUAAUUAGAACCAAUUAACCUAUAUGUUGUAAAGAAGCAGUACAACAGGCAGAGAUAUAGGAGGUAUUGCUUGACACUUAUUGACCAUUUGUCGUUUCGUAAAUAGACGCCUGCAAAAAUUUUGAACUCUAGUAUGAACGCAGAAGGAUGUCCAGAACUUUGCAGAUCGUAACCCUCUUGGUUAGUUCCUGCUCUAGCUUGACAAAAGCGCCCUCUGUCGCUUCUCUGCUGGUCACCUAAUGCGACGUUCAGCGUGUUUGUUCGUUCAAUGCGAGUACUAGGGUGGUACCUUUAAAGGUAUACUCCGUUGUCCCAUGAAUAACACCUUUAUCUUUGCUGCUAUAAAACUUUUAUUAUAAACUACAGCGAGCUCUAACUACAUGUACGGUGAGAAAAAGGCGUCGUUAGAAACUUUGCAAUGAUUCUUCUGUCCACCUGGUAUGUCCGGAAAUAUUUGGCACGAAUAAUUUGGCGGCGAUAGAUGCGAAAGUUUAUUUUAGUAUAAGUAUAAUCGUUACUUUCAAUUAAAAGUAAAAAUUGAAAUUUGUUCCUACCCGCGAUUCGAGCUUACCCCUUAAACGUGAGGGUGUUAGUCAUGGGACAACUAAACACCAUUUUGACACUUAUAGGGGUGUUUUUAGUGUGUAUACUCAACCCGUAAAGGUGCACCACGAAUGUAAUUGAUCGAAGCUUACAAGAAGAAGCCGCACUGUAAAGUUGUAUAUACAUCUAUUUACACCGACGAUUUUAGAGACACGUGACUGAAUCCCCCUUUAUCGUUAUUUCUUUUUUGAGAGGUAGAGAGGGAGGGUCGCGAACAUCUGUUGCGGCUACAGACAGGAAAAAACACACGACACGCGAGGAUCGCUUCAAACCUAUACACCGACUCUUGCGGACUUGUGCCAACUGGGACCCGGCGACUGUGUGUCACGAGUUUUUUUUUUGUUGUUGUCGCGUGUUGUUAAGCGUGGUUGCUAGUCAUUUUAAUGCCCGCGCGGCGAGCGCGUUCCUGUUGCAUAGCAAGAUCUGUCGUGCUCACGGUGUAGGGUCGCAACUGUGUGUACUUUCAAUUCACGAGUCCUAAACGAGCCACCCGGCGUUUAUAAACGUUUCGCAGUCGACGGUUAUCGGAAACAAAACGAAUAUGGCACUACCUGUCUCAGUUUCAUUUCAUUAGAUGAAAUGUGCAACCUGACGAACAAUUAAGCUGGUGUUUUAUACUAACGAGCGCUCUCUCGCAUUCUUGUGCCUCGGCUCGUAUAAAUUCCUGUAGUCAAACAGCUGAAAUCCUUCGAAAGCACUGUUCUGUUGUAAUCUGACUUCCACCAUCGCUGCAUUGAUUGCUGGACAGUCUGCUGGUAUUAAGGACGUAACACGGUUUGCCUUGCGCCGCCAAGGAUAUAGUCACAUAAAACAGUGCUUUCGCUGCUGAUAACAUCUAACGUCGUUUUCCUACACCGUCGCCAUUUAUUAACUCCGAGCUUUGUAGAGGUAACUGGUUUCUGUCGCAGUGAAUCCUUUUGUAAAACGUUUUCUACCGUUCACGUUUAAAUUCUCACGACGUGCCGUGGUAAUGAUGAGAGAAUGAACCCGUGGUAUAUAUAUAUACAUGACCAGAGAAUCAGCUGAAGGCAGCUUCACUCUAGCCAUAUUCUAGCUUUUUGCAAUUUAGGCUAGUGAAGAUCACAAUCGUUGUACCACUCACACGAAUCCCUCUGUUUUAAAGGGAUUUUUUUUUUACGCCCUUCGGGUUUUGAAACUUGCGCUAUACUACAUACGGGUCGUGAUACCGCCAUAAAGAAAGCUAGUGGAAUAGAGUACGGUACUCUAGAUUGUGCACGGUAUUUCAACAAUUGUACAAGCUUUCGUUUCUGUGUACAGUUGCGCGAACAUGAGUUCGCUACAGCGAUACGCUAAGUUCGAGAAUUUCGUAGUUGUUACAGGCUUAUUUCCAAAUGUUCCUUCUCGCAAUACUUUGUUUUGCAAUAACCCGAGCUCCCGGCGUUCUCAACUGAAGACGCGCGAGACUACAGGAAUUUUUUUUGUCAUCCAUCUGUUUUGUAUAGCUUGAUAUAACCCAGCAAUCGGUACUCGCAGUAUACAACACCGGUGUCUAUGCGCCGAAUAACUGUCUGCUCAACGAAGUGUUUUCGAAAAUGUCUCUUCCUUUUUUGUACAUAUACGUAACAUAGAAUGACUCAUCACAUUCAUCCAGGUCCUGAAAACGUGCUUUAAUGUUUUUUGUUUGUUUGUAUGGCUUUCAUUUCAUCAACUCACGGCAUUGAACUUGUUGCAUGAUUACAUAAUAAACAUCUGGUGAGAA